UGCCAUGGCGGUUUAUCCCCUUUAAGGAGGCGGCGAGCGGCCGGAGUCAGGGAGGGGGGUGUGUGUGUGUUUGGGGGGGGGCAAUUGUCUGCCGAUGGAAAUAAUACCUCCCCUCAAAAACAAAACAACCUUGCCCUUCGCCAGCACGCAAACGGAUUGCCCCGAAAAUUGAAUUAUGAGGUGCUUUUGUUGCACUCCCCAGCGUUCCUGGUUUGCUGCUCUCUCAUUAGGAUUUUAAACGCUUCCCCCCCUCCCUCCCCAUCCAGCUGCUCUUGAAACACACAUGGUGCAUUGUUGUCGUUCCCUAUAUCUGUACACCAGUGCUGCUCAGUAACCUUCAGCAAGUGGGUUGACGACCUCUAGGAUAAAUAUAGUUUGUUUUCUAGGCCCACUGCCCUACUGUACUGCAACCAUGGAGCCCUGCAUGGAGUAUUUCUUGACACAGGUGCUGCAGAAAGACAUGGGACGUCGGCUGCAAAUUGCUCAAGAGCUCAUAGAGUACAUCACAGAUCGCCAGAAGUCCUAUGAUCUCGAACAUGAUCAAUCAAUGCUUGAUCGAAUGAUUGAUGGUCUUGGAGCUGGUUGGGUAAACUCCAGUAACUUUAAGGUUGCUUUGUUUGGUAUAGAAAUUUUAUCCACCCUCAUUACACGUCUUCAGGAUCAUUUCAAAACCCACAUUGGCACAGUGUUACCUAGUCUAAUAGACAGACUAGGGGAUGCUAAAGAUCAAGUGCGAGAACAAGAUCAGAGCCUCUUAUUGAAGAUCAUGGAGCUGUCUGCUACCCCACAGUAUGUUUGGGAACGAAUGUUGGGAGGAUUUAAACACAAAAAUUUUCGAACCAGGGAAGGAAUUUGCCUUUGCCUUAUUAGUACAUUAAAUACUUAUGGAGCUCACAGUUUAACUCUGAGCAAAAUCGUACCCCAUAUUUGUAAUUUAUUAGGAGAUCCUAACAGUCAGGUCCGUGAUGCAGCAAUAAAUAGUUUAGUAGAAAUUUACAAACAUGUAGGAGAACGGGUCCGAGCAGAUCUUCAUAAAAAGGGGCUACCGCAGUCAAGGUUGAAUGUAAUUUUUGCAAAAUUUGAUGAAGUUCAGAAAUCUGGAAACAUGAUCCUUUCUUCUGCAACUGAUAAAAACUUUGACGAUGAAGAAUCUGUGGACGGUAACAGGCCAUCAUCUGCCAGCUCCACGUCUUCGAAAGCUCACGGUUCACGACGUCCUUUUGGCAUGGGUACAAGUCGUAGACCAGGUUCAUCUGCAGUUGGCUGGAAAAGUACAACAGUCAAGGAAGUUGCAGGUGCUGUCGAUGAAGAUGAUUUUAUCCGAGCAUUUGAGGAAGUACCAACGGUUCAGAUCUUUUCCAACAGAGACCUUGAAGAAUCCAUCAACAAAAUUAGGGAAGUUUUAUCAGAUGAUAAGCAUGACUGGGAACAGAGAGUAGCUGCUCUUAAAAAGAUUAGGUCUCUAUUAAUGGGUGGGGCAGCAGAAUACGAAUCGUUCUUUCAACAUCUGCGGCUUUUAGAUGGUGCAUUCAAAUUAUCAGCAAAAGAUCUGCGAUCUCAAGUCGUGCGUGAAGCCUGUAUAACAUUAGGGUAUCUCUCAUCUGUUCUGGGAAACCGGUUUGAUCAUGGUGCAGAAGCUAUUAUGCCAACACUAUUCAACCUUGUUCCUAAUAGUGCCAAAGUUAUAGCCACAUCUGGUACAGCAGCUAUCAGAUUAAUUAUUCGACAUACCCACUUCCAUAGAUUAAUACCUAUUAUCUCAAGCAACUGUGCAUCAAAGUCUGUGGCAGUUCGGAGGCGUUCAUUUGAAUUUUUGGAAAGGUUGCUGCUGGAAUGGCAAACGCAUUCAUUAGAAAAACAUUCAUCACUUCUGGCUGAAACAAUAAAGAAGGGUAUCCAUGAUGCUGAUUCAGAAGUUAGACUAGAAGCUCGAAAAGUGUAUUGGGAUUUUCACAGCCACUUUAGCAGAGAAGCUGAAGUUUUGUUCAAUUCAUUGGAACCUGCCUACCAGAAGCCCCUGCAGUCCCAUUUGAAAAAUUCAGACAGCAUUGUUUCCUUGCCUCAGUCUGAUCGCUCGUCAUCUAGUUCUCAAGAAAGCCUAAAUCGGCCCCUGUCCACGAAGCGAAGUCCAACUGGAAGCACAGUAUCACGAGCUUCUACAGUUAGUGGAAAGUCUGUAUCCAACACGGGUGCUCUGCAACGCUCUCGCAGUGACAUUGAUGUGAAUGCAGCUGCUAACGCCAAGUCACGUUUAACUGCAACUCCAAGCAACGCACCUGGACAUUUUAGCUCGGCUGCAGCUUUACCUCCGGGAUCCUAUGCUUCCCUAGGUCGGGUGCGUUCUAGACGUCAGAGCGCUGGGAGUGCCACUAGCGUUGCCAGCACACCCUCUGAUACCAGAGGACGUAGCCGAGCUAAAGUAGUUUCUCAGUCUCAACGAUCCAGAUCAGCUAACCCUGCAGGCGCUGGAAGUAGAUCAAGUUCACCUGGUAAGCUCCUCUGCAGCACCUACUCCGGCAUGAGCAGUGGACCUCAGAGGGUUUCAGUCGCACCACAAGCAUCCGAGAAACGCAGCAAGAUCCCCCGUAGUCAGGGAUGCAGUAGGGAAGCCAGCCCCAACAGAUUGGGGUUAGCACGGAGCAGCCGUAUCCCUCGACCAAGCAUGAGUCAGGGAUGCAGCCGCGAUACGAGCCGUGAGAGCAGUCGCGAUACAAGUCCUGUUAGGGGCUUUGCACCACUUGCCUCUCGUCGACACUCGAGGUCCACCAGCGCACUCUCCACUGCUGAUUCUAUUGGCCAGCCAGAUCGAUAUGGGCUUGGACAGGCUGGGCGGUUGCCUGCCACUGUGAAUGCCAUGAGAGUUCUGAACACAAGCACAGAAGUGGAAGCUGCAGUUGCAGAUGCCUUGAAAAAACCUGUAAGGAGGCGAUACGAGCCAUAUGGUAUCUAUUCUGAUGAUGAUGCCAACAGCGAUGCUUCUAGCGCUUGUUCAGAACGAUCUUAUGGUUCCAGAAAUGGAGGUAUUCCACACUACUUGCGUCAGACAGAAGAUGUGGCAGAGGUCUUAAACCACUGUGCCAGCUCAAAUUGGUCUGAAAGGAAAGAAGGGCUUGUAGGCCUUCAAAAUCUAUUAAAAAGUCAGAGAACAUUAAGCCGUGUUGAAUUGAAGCGUUUGUGUGAAAUCUUCACUCGUAUGUUUGCAGAUCCUCAUAGCAAGAGAGUAUUCAGUAUGUUUUUGGAGACUUUGGUAGAUUUCAUCAUAAUCCAUAAAGAAGAUCUACAGGAUUGGUUGUUCGUACUCCUGACUCAGCUUUUAAAGAAGAUGGGGGCUGAUUUGUUAGGUUCUGUGCAGGCAAAGGUUCAGAAGGCACUAGAUGUCACCAGAGAGUCCUUCCCAUUUGACCAGCAAUUCAAUAUUCUUAUGAGAUUUAUUGUGGAUCAAACACAAACGCCUAACCUCAAGGUUAAAGUUGCAAUCUUGAAGUACAUUGAGAGGCUGGCGAGACAGAUGGACCCAGCAGAUUUUGUUAAUUCCAGUGAGACCCGCCUAGCUGUGUCCCGAAUCAUAACCUGGACAACUGAACCAAAGAGCUCUGAUGUGAGAAAGGCUGCGCAGGUCGUAUUGAUUUCUCUGUUUGAGCUGAACACUCCUGAAUUCACUAUGUUACUUGGUGCCUUGCCAAAAACCUUCCAAGAUGGUGCCACCAAGCUCCUACACAAUCAUUUGAAGAACUCCAGCAACACUAAUGUGAGUUCACCCAGCAACACAAUGGGGCGCACACCUUCACGGCACUCCAGCAGUCGAACAAGCCCUCUUACUUCUCCUACAAACUGUUCGCAUGGUGGUCUUUCCCCAAGUCGAUUCUGGGGUUGGAGUGCAGAUGGGCUGUCAAAGCAUCCCCCCACCCCUUCUCAACCUCACUCCAUCCCCACAGUUCCUACCCACAAGAACUUCAGGCGUUCUUACUCACCCAGCAUGUUGGACUAUGACACAGAAAACCUUAACUCCGAUGAAAUUUAUAGCUCUCUUCGUGGGGUCACACAAGCCAUCCAGAAUUUUAGUUUCCGCAGUCAAGAGGAUUUGAACGAACCAAUUAAACGAGAUGGGAAGAAGGACUGUGAUGUAUUGCGAGAUGGAGGAAUUGCAUCCCCAUCCUCUGACAUUCGUGGAGGUGGCGAACCUGUGGAAGGAGGAAGAACAGCUCUUGACAACAAGACAUCGUUGCUCAACACUCCACCGCCACGGUCUUUCUCUGGGCCUCGGACUCGGGAAUAUAAUCCCUAUAAUUAUUCGGAUACAAUCAAUGCAUUUGACAAGACAGCACUAAAGGAAGCCAUGUUUGAUGAUGAUAUGGAACAAUUCCGUGAUGUGCCCAUUGACCAUUCAGAUUUAGUUGCUGAUCUUCUGAAAGAACUUUCCAACCAUAAUGAGCGAGUGGAAGAGCGGAAGGCAGCCUUGUUGGAACUCUUAAAGAUAACAAGAGAAGAUACUCUCGGAGUGUGGGAUGAGCACUUCAAGACUAUUCUACUUUUACUUCUAGAGACUCUAGGAGACAAGGAUCACUCCAUUAGAGCAUUAGCCUUAAGAGUUCUUCGGGAAAUCCUACGGAACCAGCCAGCGAGAUUUAAAAACUACGCAGAAUUAACCAUUAUGAAAACAUUAGAAGCUCAUAAAGAUUCCCAUAAAGAGGUGGUAAGAGCUGCAGAAGAAGCCGCUUCCACUUUGGCAAGCUCCAUACAUCCUGAACAAUGCAUCAAAGUGCUGUGCCCCAUCAUCCAGACAGCUGACUAUCCCAUCAAUCUAGCUGCUAUUAAGAUGCAAACAAAGGUGAUAGAGAGGAUCUCCAAGGAGUCUCUGCAUCAGCUUCUCCCAGAUAUCAUUCCUGGGUUGCUUCAGGGAUAUGACAACACAGAAAGCAGUGUGCGUAAAGCAAGUGUGUUUUGCUUGGUAGCAAUUUAUUCUGUAAUUGGAGAGGAGCUGAAACCUUACCUUGCACAGCUCACAGGAAGUAAGAUGAAGUUAUUGAAUUUGUAUAUAAAAAGGGCCCAGACGACAAACAGCAACAGUAGCUCAUCGUCAGAUGUAUCAAGUCACAGCUAACGGAUAGCAGCCAUGUUUCUUUAGACAGGUGAAGGCGUGCCUCUUCAGAGACCUUUCUGCUCAAAUUUUGAAAUCCACGUGCCCUUGGAGUGAAAAAUUGCUGCACAUCAGUGUUUGUUCUUAAGUAAUAUAUGCAGUUGCUUAGCUUUAAUCUUACAGCUGUUACUUAAUCAUUAUGUGAUGCCUGUUUAACAUGUGACCUAAUGAAUAGAAGAAGGCCUGUAGUGUCUUUGGACAGUCCAGUGGUGAUGUCAAGUGAUGCAGCACUGAUUCUAGGUUAUACUUUUGUCAUCUUUAAAUUUGAAGUAUGUAAUAUACGUACUUCUCUGAGUAUUCCGCAAGAUAUUAUGUUAAGUAUUAUAUAUUAGCAAACUAAAUUUCAAAACUAAUGCCAUUGCCAUAACUAUGUCUUAGCAGCGACUUGUUUAAACCUAAGUUGGUUGCUAAGAUGAGUGAUGUCUCACUGGACUGGACUUUCACUACUGCAGAAGACUAAAGAUUUUAUUUGCAAGUUCUGCCAGUAUUCAGUUUUUGAUUUUUACAUUGCAUUGAGGAACGUGUGUUAUCUACCAAAUGGAGGCAUAUUUGCAUGGCAACACUAAAGAGGCAUGAUCCUGCUUUUUGGGCAUCUGUAUAACUACUGUCUGGUGGAAGAUUCAGAAGUUACUGUAUUAUACACCUGUGUUUUCCCUCUGCUUUCGUAUUUUCUUUUCUAACUCUUGCUUUUAUUUUCUGACAUUCUUUUCCAAAUACCCUAAACAUUACUUGUCUUCAAGCUGGAAGUUCAGGAGAUGGUGUGUUGUAUAUCUCUGCCAGACUUUUUGCCCUAUCAUUGAAAUGAGUGUCCAUGUCCUUCCUUAACAGGAACUGAGCAAGCUCAUUCAAAUAUUACAGCCGAGGUAAAAAAAAGAUCAGCUGAGAGUGAUAAUCAUAACUUAAGUUUCCUCUGAGAAUCUACUAUCAUUGGAUCAUGGAAAAAUCCACUUAUUUCAACUUCAUUAAAUUUUUUGAUGGGAGUUGCAAACAGUCAUAAUUCUAUUUUUGAAUUAGAACUAAGAUCUAAUGUGUAAUUUAGCAGGUCUACAUUACCAUUCCUCUGAAUGUAUUAGUGUGAAAAGGAGGGAGAAAACCUUGCAAUUCAAGUUGGCAUUCUGAGUUUGACUGUCGAAAUUGAUUUUGUCACUAUUUUAUAAUGUGCAAUGACAUGAACUAUUGGAUAGGAUCUGUAUAAAUCACUGGUCAGCAAUUAUCCUUGUCCUGCACAUAUAAUGAAUAUGUAAGCUGUGCACUAAGAGUACAUCACUUGAAAGACUUGAGUAUCAGUGAUAUUCCCAGCACGCAUCCUCUGGUGACUAUCUUUAGUUUUAAUUCUACCAUCAUCAGGAAAAACAUUUGCGUUUAUUUCUGUAUUUUCCAAUUCCAUGCCUUUUUAUUGGUGUUAGCAUGAAAACAAAUCACAAAUCAUUUUAUUCCCCAGCACUGCCUGUGACUCUGAAUUUGUUGAAUGAAACUGCUCUUUCCAGAUGUUCAGUUUUAUUUGGUAUUUUCCUUGCCUUCAUAACUUAACAGCAACUGAAUUCUGACACUUUCAGGGAAGAAUCAAGAAUAGACUCUUGUAUCAGGCUGAAAUGCCUGACAAAGAGUCCCUAUCAAAAUAGAACAACAGAAUUAGUCAAAGUUGAGCAAAAUUUUCCACAAGAUCAGUCUUAUCAGAGCAACAAGAGAGCGGAAAGCAUUGAGAGGAAUUGGAGCAGCCAAGACGCCAACUUCCUUGGGGAACAAGCCUGUUUUUCAGGUUAUCGCUGUAGAAAUAAACUUUUAAAGCCUAGAGCAAAGCAUGAACGUGAUGCCAUGGCCUCCGCAAACUACACCUUCUAUUAAUGUCCUUUCUUGUUUUAACCUGUUUUCAAUACUUUUGAAAAUUUUGCAUCUUUUCUGUAUGCUAUGUGACUAAAUUCUUGGCAUUCCUGACCCCAACUAUUUUUUUAAUUCAUUGGUUAAAUGGUGGCUUAACAUUACUACCAUUUGGGAUGGACCAACAUAAAACUGUUCACCUUGUGAAAUGUAUGUAAAUAUAAUCAGUGAAUCUCAUGAAUAACAUUGACCAAAAUGCUUCUAUCUUGAACUUGCUACUGAGGUAAUACUUCAACUUGGUAGCUCAGGAUGCAAAGUUCAUGAGUCUCGCAGUCUCCAAGUUGUAAAAUUGUUCCCCUUAGUGUAGUAAUCAGCAUUAUCCUCCUCGAUUCCUUGUAUCCCAAAAUCUUAGAUAAGUCUGAUGUUUUAAUGUGGAACUUUCUUCCAGUUCUAUUGGUAUGGAUGUUGUACUUAUUGAUGAACAAAAAUAGGAUUGCAUAUUUAAGUUAUCUUUUAAUUUUUAUUAGUUUUUUUUGUUGAUUUUUGUUUUAGUUGAAAUUUCAGUGCCAUUCUAUCCCAAAAAGGAACUUAAACUUUUUUAUUACUUUGUAGCACAAUGGUAUUUCUCUCCCCCAGUUUGAGAAGACUUUAAAAGGUCUCAUCAACUCUUGUUGCUUUAUGCAGGCAAAGGAACUAAAGUUGGUCACCUGGGAGAGCUUUAGUAGGGCACUCAAAGCAUACAUUUCUUUUGAAUAGGAUAGGUUUCCAUGUGGUUUUCCUUGAUAUAUUUUACACUGUUGUACAUAGAGGAUAAUUUUGCUUUAAGUCUUGAUGACUUAACUUCCAGGAUGAUCCAGAUAUCUUCAGCUGCCUUUGUAUGUUUAACAUGGCAAAAGUAUUAGUGGUGUUAGCUGAGGAAAGUGCAACAGCAGGAACUCAACUAUGUAAACUUAGUUCUCAUUUUAUUUUCUCAUUUUUGACCAAAGUCAUGUAAUUAUAAAUUAAUUGGUUUGUUCUUUGAGGAAAUGACAUUGUUGACAAACAAUUUGAUAUUUUUCUGUAAAGUGCUCAUCAUGAUCGUUUUCAUUUUAGUACUGGUAUUUUAUUUCUGGCUAUUACAAGAUUUGAAGUAAUACGAAUGUUUUUAGUUCUUCAGUUGCAUUUGAAAUUAAAAACCCAACUACUGUAAUUCACAAAUUGCUUCAUAUUUUCAAAUUUCUUUUAUAAAACUUUAAAAUUCAUGUGGGGUCCUUUUAACCUUUAGGCGAGCUUAGUACUGUAGAUAACAUCCUAUCAGGUUUCAGAAGACGUUAACAAGUUCUGCACUGGACGUGUUGCAAGAAGAACAUGUUUCAUCGAUACAGUUCUCAUUUCCAAAUAUUGGAGUUUUGUAGUUUCUACAAUGCAAUUCCUUUUUUAAAAACUACCCUUGUUUAAUUGUAAGGUAAGUAUACAAAAUGGACAAUAUCUUGUGCAUUGGAAUGUAACUAAACUGUGGCAUUGAGUACAUAUGUUCAGGUGAUUUUCUUUUUUUUUGUUGGAAAAAAAAGCAUGCCUGAAUUAUUGGGACCAAAACAAAACAAAUUAGUGGAGAAAAUUUGAAGUAAUUUUGAUGCACUAGUAUCUUUGUUUUUAAGUGUAGACAGCUGCAGAGUUAAUAAAUCAUGUUUUUAAAAUGUGAUUUUGUUUUACGGCAAAAAUUGUUUGUUCAUGCGCUGACUGACAAUAGACAGACAAUAGACAAACAAUACCCAACACGGGCAAACUCUGGUUUGGAAAUAACAUACCAUUUACAGCCCAUGGAUUUGUGAAAUAUAACUUAGAACGGCAACCAUUUUCAAUACCCAUUGAAUAUAGUUUGGCAUCUUCUAAACAAAAUUACAAAUAUCAGUUUCAUAUUUAGAUAUCAGUGCAAUUUCGUAAUGCCAUUCUAAACUGUAUAUACCGUGAUUAAAGUUUAAUGCAUAACCUAAAACUAUAGGCUUGAAAGACAUUUGGUUGGUGCAUGCUAUGCUCUUUCCUUCCCAUUUCCCUCCUACCCAAUCUCCUUGAUUCAUUUGGCUGCCAUUGACUGAUGACAAUAAUGGGCCUUCUUUUAUUCCCUCAGUUUGUGCUAUAGGCAGGUGAAAGGUUGGGUGUGUGAUUUCUUUGUUUUAUUUGUACUUCUCUGUAAAAAGAAAAAGAUUGCUGCUGUUGUAAUUUCUUGAACUAUUGGAUGUAAAGGAAAUAGCCCAACUAAUUUUAAGAAUAGUUGGUUUCCUGAUUUUAGUACAAUCUAAUCUACCAUGUUUGAGUUAUGAACAAAGAGGUCUCUUUCUUGCUGGAACUGACUGAAAUGUCACACUUCAGCAGUCAGUCUGCAUGUCGCAGCAAUGUCGCCUUUGCUGUUCAUCCAUCCAUCCUUCGGCUGCACGAAUGGUCUAGGCAUGGAUGACCAAAAUUAUACAAUCCUAAUGUUUUUUACUUGUUUAGUCCAAUGGUAGUGUUCUGUUUUUGAGGCAUGUGGCUUUUUUUAAAGGUACACUAUGUGUGCUCGCCUUGAAUUUAAACUAACUGCAAAAAUGAAACUGAUGUCAAGGAUUUUUUUGUAAUCUGUUUUAUGAUAGCAUACUAACAGCUUACAGAGACUAGAUAAGUAACAUACAUUACUGUCACAUGAAUGCCCUUCCCUUGCCACAUAAUCAAGCUUGCUGUUUAAUGAGGGAGGAAGCCAAAUUUUAUAGAUGAUACCAGAACUUUGCUAAACUAGUUGAAAACAAAAACAUCAGAAGUGCAUCAGAAUGGUUCCUAGCAGAGUGUUCAUUGAGCAUGUACCUUUUUUGCUUUGUCAUGUAAUAUCCACUUUGGUAUUUAUAUUAUUUGUUUCAUCUGUGUGUAUUACAGCAACUGUACAGAUAACUACAUGGGUUUUGUUAACUUUCACCUGUUGAUAGAAUUUGCUUUGAAGAAAAGCCCAACAAAAAUUAAGUUUGCUGUAGAAUAAAACCCAACAUGAAGAGUU